UUUGUAAGUGGAUUUACUAAAGCACUGACAAAAAGGCCGAAAAAAAAUAUAAUUUUGAUUAACUCCAAAGUGCUCAGUUAAAUAAAGUUUUAAGAGCUUCGUCGCGGAAGUAGGAUGGCUUAUACUACAUUUCCCAGAAGGCAAUGCGACGAGAGACCAGUGGGGUUGCUAAUUAACCGCUACAGUUCAGAUAGAGCGCACGAGGUUAACAAUGACACCGGACUCAGCUGCUGGAUAGCCUGCAGUUGGAAAAUGUCACAGUGUGGAAUGGAGCAAAGGUCAACACUUUCUCAUACAUGCUAACAGCAGCAUGUAGCAUUUUAACCAUAUUGUCAUCACCCUGUUAAAGAGUUCAUUUCAGUGUUCUGUCGAAUGAUUGUGCAGACGAGUUGAGAAGAAACCGCUGUUUCAUUCAAAGAUUUCAACCCAAACAGCUGGAUUUUUUAAUUUCAGUUCAGAAGUCAACAGCUUUUCAAGUUGGAAAAAGAACCUCACAUGGUGAUUUAACGACGCAAAAAAGUUACACUCUGCAUCAAAGAGUGAUCCAUAAACCAGCUGACACAAUGGUAGAAGAUGACACAGCAGGAAGUGGGGACAGAUCAGAGGGGGAGAAAGAGACGGACCUGAAGGUGCCUGUGUCAGAAGACUGCAGAGGACAUGAAGACGGAGACGUGGAAAUGGCUGUCUCUGCUUCUGAGGUCCUGUCCCCCUCCGAUGGUCCCCCAGAGGAAGCCAGGGCACCCGGAAAUUGGAAGUGGGCCGUCAUAUUCUUGUGUUUCUAUGGGUUUAUGUCAUCAAUAAAGCCUGGAGAGCCCUUCAUUACGCCAUAUCUACUCAGCUCUGAGAAGAACUUCACCAGGGAACAGGUGACCAAUGAGAUCACUCCUGUGCUGACGUAUUCCUACAUGGCCGUGCUGGUGCCGGCCUUCCUGUUGACGGAUUUUCUGCGUUACAAGCCGGUCCUGAUCAUCCAGGGCAUCAGCCAGGUGGUCAUCUGGAUCAUUCUGCUCCUGGGCACCACCCUCCUCGAGAUGCAGUUCAUGGAGUUCUUCUACGGCAUCACCAUGGCCUGCCGCGUGGCCUACUCCUCCUACAUCUUCUCCCUGGUCAGUCCAGUCAUCUACCAGCGCGUGGCAGGAUACUCUCGCUCCUCAGUCCUCUUGGGGGUGUUCACCAGCUCGGUAGUGGGCCAGCUGUGCAUGUCUGUGGGCAACGUCAGCUUCUACACCCUCAACGCUAUAUCUUUGGCUUUUGUCAGCUUUGGUCUGCUGCUGUCACUGUGCCUACCCUGGCCUAAACGCUCCCUGUUUUUCAACCGGAUGCGGAACCUGGAGCAAAAAGAACUGGCAGCCACCAAAUCCGAAUUGGACGAAAUUAACCCGAAAGCCAGCGUGCCAUCCUCUGCAGCCCCCCCAUGCUCUGCAUCACGCUGGACUGAUUCUGUCUUGGUCCAGAUGCUGCUUGAGGUGAGAAAUGUGGUGAAGAGGCCCAACCUGAGGCUCUGGUCCCUGUGGUGGGUGUUCAACUCCACAGGUUACUACCUGGUGCUGUUCUACGUUCACAUCCUGUGGAACAAAGUCUACCCGGCCACUGAGAACAAGAAUGUUUACAACGGGGGAGUGGAGGCAGCUUCUACCCUGCUGAGCGCGGUGACUUCCUUCACCGCUGGCUUUGUGAAAAUUCGGUGGAACGUCUGGUCUGAGCUGGUCAUCGCUGUGAUCACAGCAGUGCAGGCGGGUCUGCUGCUCCUCAUGGGCACCACACAAAACAUCUGGGUCUGCUACAUAGCCUACGUCAUCUUCAGAGGCUUCUACCAGUUUCUGGUGCCUAUUGCCACUUUCCAGAUAGCCUCGUCGCUCACCAAGGAGCUCUGCGCCUUAGUGUUUGGCAUCAACACCUUUUUGGGGACCAUACUGAAGAGCAUCAUCAACCUGAUAUUUGCUGACAAGAGAGGCCUAGCGUUGGAUGUGCACUCUCAGUUCCUGGUGUACUUCAUUUACUUCACCAUUCUGACCAUCGUCUACUUCGUCAGUGCUGCUGUGGUCAUCAUCCGUCACUAUAGAAACCAGCCCCGGGGAGGAGGCGGGACCAACGAAGAGGCGGCACACACAGAGAUGCAACCUGUGGCUGCGAGCUCGGAGGCAGAAACUUUGUCUAACGGCAAAAGCGCCAAAGCAUAAUGAUGAGAAACGUGUCUUUCCAUCGGCAUCUUUCCUUAUCUUGAUCCCAAUUUUUGCAAAUGAGCUCUCCAGACUCUGCGGGAUCAAUCACUUCAACCCUCGAUGCUGCUGGAGUGGUUUAUUCAGUGUUAGCUGCUGAGCCUUAAUCAGAGAAGUGCCUCAUAUUAGCCCUAAAGCUCCUGCGCUGCACCAGUCAGACAGGCCGCAGAUGGCUUGUUUCUGACAUCUUGAUGUAAAGUAAAUUCUGAUUGGUUUGUUAAUACCAAGCAUGAAGUGGUACUAUGCUUUCACAUUGUGGCAAAUCCUCUUCAACACAGAGAGGGACCAUUUAUUUAAUGGCCAGAAUUGUUUUUUGUACAGAAAACAAAGGAGCAGAAUUAGCAGCUGUAACAUGCUGAACUGUUUCAGCGACAGUGAUUUUCCCUUCAAACAAAAGUUCAUGAUUCCUACGUGAUUACUAAAUACUACUUUAAACCAGGUUUCACAGACAGAGAAAUAAAAAGGUGUGGACCUUAUUCUUCUCAUUGACACUCCUAUUGUAUGUAAUGUUACAGCUCCGUGAUUGUUAUUCUAAAAGACACAUAGAUGGAUCAUCACAUAUGAUCAGAUAAUGAAGGGCAUCUUUUCCAGCCCUUGUAUCCGUUUAUUUUAAGCUGUAAACUGCAGAUUUUAUGCAGUUUGUUGUAUAAUGAUGACAUUUUGAAAAUGAUUUUAUUGUUGCUGUUAAUUGUGCUCUUUGUAAUGUAGGAGCAGUGCUGUCAGAAUAUUUGAUUCAUUGAAACAGAAUGUGUUGCUGCGGAGAAACGAUAUGUGAAAGUAAUGAUGACAUUUUUACACAGUUAAACUCUUCUUUGCCAAUUUGCUAAUUAAAAGUGUGAUAUUUCCAAUAUUCUUGCUGCUAAGUUGCUGCCAUUGACUCUAUGUGCCAUUUUUGGCAAACAACCAACCCCCAAGAAGGGGUCUAGCUCCCAAAACCUCGUCUUUUUCAGUCCAAGCGUGGCUGUUUUCACAUUCGUCAGCAGCUGCAGGAAGCACUUCUGUCGGCCGUGCAGAGAUCAUAGGAACAGUGUUAUGUAACGCUGCAGCAAGUACAGUGCAAACAUUUAGUAGGUUUUUAUAAUGCCAUUCUGCUUUCUCAAAAAGCAGGCGUGGCCCUCAGAUUUAAUCAAGACUAUCUUUCUUACAGUAGAGACAACAGUAGUGAUUGAGUUUUGAGUUGAAUUGUACUUAAAUUCCGAAUGUAUAGAUAUUUUUUAAAGUUUUGAUUUAAAUAAUUGCUGAGAAAUAACUGUGAAUCUGUCUGAAUGCUGUAAAAAAAAAAACACUGAUGUUAAUCAGAUGUUUAUUUUAUACACACAAAUAAAUUACAUUUGGUGGA